AUUAAAACACGGGGAGACUACCCUGGAUACGACGUUGCUCCUGAACGAAUUCACCGCUCUUUAUGAUGUCGUGGUUUAUGCCGUCAAAAGCUUUAAUCUGUUCAAGAAAUGUUAUCUGCUUCCAGCUGUUCUCUCCCAAAAUUAAACAACCUGCCACGUCCCUGAUACCUUACCUAAACAAUUUUUGAUUGAUAUCAAGUACUCAGAACUCGGUGUUCUUCGAAGAAAUCCGGCGAGUGGAAAAUAAAUUUAAACUAGUGAUAAUUCUCAAAACUGGAAGUUAAAGAGCCUUAAUAGAAUUAUAUUCUCCCGGAAGUUCAAUAACUAACAACAAAGUCACAGUCACAGAUUAAAGCGUCCGACAGCGUCUUCAUAUUCCAGUGUAUUCAUCAAUAUAAUUUUUAAAUCAUUUCUGUGUGAAACCAGGAUGAGAAAAAUUAUCCUCAGUCUAUGAAGAUGACGAUUAUAAAUCAAAACUAAAAGCCUUCAACACCGAUAUCUUUACUUAAUCCCUAUAUAAGGCUAUAAUUUUUUACAAUUUAAUUUGAAAUUCAAUGUAUGCAUAAAAUGUAUACAAAUGUUGCAUACAUAAAUGUUAAAUGUGUAUUUAACAAAAUUAUUUUUAUUUGACAAGUCGAGAGGCAGAGAUGGCUUACUGUGAACCUCCCGAAGUUAAAACCGAAAUUAUUGAAUUACGAGAGCUUUUCGUGGACGGCAAAAACUCAAAUCAAAAUACCACAAGUCAAUCAGGCAUAUUUUUAAAUGAAGCUGAGAACGAAUUGUUCUCCGCCGUUGAAAGUGGCGACCUCGAAUUGGUCAAAACGAAACUUAAUAAUGAAGUGAACGUAAACGCAAUAAAUUCAGAUGGCGAUACUGUACUGCAGAUUGCGGCAGAGAAUAAAAAGUUUGAUAUAAUGGAGGAACUCUUGGAUAAAGGAGCCGAUUUAAGAAUCGCUCUGCUCCAAUGCGUACUUGAGAAUGAUUUAGAAUGUGUAAAAGUGUUGCUAUCAAACAGACCAACAAAUAUUGGAAUUUCAGAAGAUUGCUACAUCACGCCAACUAUCCUCGCGGCCCAAUUGGGUCACUAUGAGAUAGUGCAUUUUCUGGUACAAAAUGACUACCUUAUUGAAAGACCACACGUUUGUAAGAACUCUUCUAAAGAAUGUAAGAAGGAAAAGUGUGAAGAGAAAUCAGAUAUGCUUCGAUCGCAAAUCGCAAUACAUCGCUACAGGGGGCUUACAAGCCCUGUUUAUAUGUGUUUAAGUUAUUUGGAUGAUGAGAAGGGCACCGAAGAUGACCCGUUAACCCAAGCUUUUGAUUUAAACAAAGAGGUAGAAAAACAAGCGAUGGAUGAAUUAGAAUUAAAAAAGGAAUAUCUUAAACUUUCGGAAAGGUGCAAAACUUUCGCCACCGAUUUAUACAACGGCUGUCGAAGCAUGAAGGAAAUCACUGCCCUCUUGGAUAUCGAUGAAACAAAGUUUAACUUGAGUUCUAGCAAGAAAGUGGAUAAGAACAGUCGUUCGAGUGUGGUAAAGAAACUUAGAAAAGCUAUUGAGAGUAACCAUGAGGAGUUUGUAGCACAUCCACACACUCAGCAACUCAUAAACAUGGUAGUUUACUCUGGUGUUCCAAAAUGGAUCUUCACUGGAUAUUUCGUCCGCAAGAGUCUGCUUUUUAUUCUCUAUACUAUGCUAUUUCCCGCAUUGGCUGUUCUGUACGUCUUGUUUCCACGACAUAAAAAAUUACAAAUCAUGUCAACUCCAUUCAUGAAGUUUGUCAGCCAUAUUUCGCAAUUCCUGGUAUUUUUGGUGUUGCUUGCUGCGUCAGCCCUCAGAGAUAACCACAGUCUAACAGGCAUAGAAUACCUCAUAUUCGUUUUUGUCUUCGGUAUGAUUUUUCAAGAAUUCAACGAAAUGAUAAAUCACAGGCCGUGGUAUAACUAUUUCUUAAAAUGGUGGAACAUCGUAACAAGUAUAAUGCUAUUAUUUUUUGUGUUCGCGGCCUUGCUCUGGUUAAUUGGAUAUGCUAUCACAGGAGGCUGGUCAGUAUAUGACUACUCCCUCAAUAAACUGGUUCAGAACAAACAGGGUUAUCAACUUCUGUUGCUAGGCAACAGUUUUUUCUCGUUAGCCAUCGUCAUCAGCGUUUUUCAUUUGGUCGAUCUUUGCCAGGUCAACUCUGUUCUUGGUCCAUUGCAACUCUCGCUCUAUCGGAUGCUUCAAGAUGUCUUAAAAUUCCUCCUAUUUUUUGCUGCUAUUUUUGUGGCAUUCGUCAUUGGAGUACGCAAUCUUUACUCAUACUACAACAGUAUUCAGGCAGAGAUUGCCCAAAAUAGAGGCAGGAACGAUAGUAUGUUGGCAGAAACUAAUCAUCCGUUUUCCACAUUUGCAAAAUCAACAUCAAGUAUGUUUUGGGCUCUUUUCGACAAGAUAGAUCUUGAGGAUUUUGAGACGAAAGAUCAUACGUUUGAAAUAAGUGCACAAACCGGGAAAAUCUUGUUUGCAUUCUACUCCAUUUGUGCUGUCAUGGUCGCAUUGAACAUGCUCAUUGCGAUGAUGACCCAUUCUUAUGAAUAUAUCUCGCAAGAUGAAGAUAUUCAAUGGAAAUUUAGUCGAACUCAACUCUGGUUAGAAUUCGUGGAAAAAGGAAGCACUUUGCCAUCACCUUACAACCUCAUACCCAACCCACGUGCUAUUUAUCGCUUUUUUAGAAAACAGCCCGUAAUAUGCAGUUGUGGAACAGAUGAGACUGAUUGUAAAACAGACCAGACCGAGCGAAAAAAGAUUAUUAACAGUUUGGUACGUCGGUACUUCCAAACCCAAGAAUCGCUGAGAAACAGAAAAUUUGCCAUUUUAAAAGAUAUUGAGAAUAGCAAAGAAGAGAUCAUCAAAAUUUUGGAAGAAAACCGCAACAAAAUUGUGAAACUGUGAAAACCGAAAACGAAAACUGCUCAUAAUGUACUUAAUGUGAAGUGCAGGACCAGGAGCCUGUUGUAUGAAAGCUGGAUGGAGCUAUCCGCCAGAUGGUGUUUUCUUUCAAAUGCAUGCCCUGAAAUUUUCCGUGGUUUGGUAUAAACCUUGGUUAAACCUUAAUGAUAUUCCUGAAUUGGGGGGUUCUCUUUAAAUACCUGUUAACUCCAAAUCUGUAAUUUUAUUGCUUUUAAAAGUCAUAUUUCAGGCUAUCCAGUUUCCGUUCAACCGACCCAACAACGUAGACUGUGACAGUCUUACGAAGAAAAUACUGUCAUUGCAAUAAAUUAUCCAUUACGGAUAUUCAAGUAAUAAAUGCAUAAUUUGAAUUUUGUAAUUUUGUAAAUACAGUUAACCAAAAAUUUUAAUCACUUUAUAGGUCAUACAUUAUUAUACUUAAAAAGUUUUAUACUCAAUAGUUUAACGAAAUUCCAGAUCUAAAAAAAUGUUUCAAUUAUACUAAUAUUUCCAAAACUAACAAAUGAUUGAAUUAGUAUAUUUAAAUAAUUUU